GCACAUUUUAUUCCGGAAUCCACUCCCGAGACGAGUUUGUGAAGAUAUUUCAGUGUUUUUCUCCGAGUUUUCAAGAUGGAUCUCAAACCGGAAGACCAUCCACAGUUAAAUGGCUGGGAAUUACUUCAUUCGGACGCAGCGAGUGAACCGGAAGCGCAGAAGUACGAUUUCCUCGAGAACAUCGCGGAGGAGUAUGGUGGUGGUAACAGUGGUAACAACAAUGGCGCAGCCGGAAGUGAGCUGGAAACAUGUCGCGGGGCAUCUGGGAAGCGAAAACAACGACGAUAUCGUACUACAUUCUCAAAUUAUCAACUUGAAGAGCUUGAGAGGGCUUUCCAGAAGACACAUUACCCGGAUGUGUUCUUUAGGGAAGAGUUAGCGCUGCGAAUUGAUUUGACUGAGGCUAGAGUGCAGGUUUGGUUCCAAAAUCGGCGCGCAAAAUGGCGGAAACAAGAGAAAAACAUCCCUAAAACAAAUCAAACAAUUUCUAUUUGUUCUACGCCUUUAGAAAGCCCCCUGAUGCAAAUUCACAACGAUGUGGCUCACUCAUCAUCAAAUCUCUUCAGUUUGGGUUUGGAAUGGCCAAUGUUGAACCCCUUUCAACCCUCAAACACAAUGCAUCUCUCUUUGGACUCUGAUGAUGGAAUUCUUAAUGAAACUGUGUUGAUUGCGGACAGAAUUACGAAUUCUUUGCAGUUACCAGCUGUAAAUGGUAUUAAUAUGGAUAGUAUACUGCUUGGAGAAGAUUUUAACGAUCGAAUAGGUUUAAUUAAUGAUGCAAAUCAAGAACCAAUUACAAUCGAUCCGGAAUUGUUGACGUUAAAGCCGAAAAUAAUGAAUUAAACUUUUUAUUUGAUAAUAACAGCUUAUAACAGCUAUAAAAGCUUUAAAUAAUGAUUAUUAACUUUAUUAGGACCAGUUAUAGAUGCUUUGCUCAAUUGUAUGUAACUGUAAAUAAUUGUUUAUAGAAAUAAAACAAAGCGUAAUGAUUA